AUGCCAAACACGCGCUCCGGCAACAAGACCUCCAAUUGCAAAGCCUACUACUCGAAAAAAGCAGCACCACACCAACAAUACUUCCCGCACCGGCGGAAGACUGUGCGCCGCCCGGAUCCGCACGAUGACAGUGGCAAGAAGCAGAUGAAGUUCUUGCCCGAGAUGAUGCGAAGGCGGGGUACGGUGCAAGACUCGGAUGAUGAGGGUGGGGAGAGUGUUGAGGAUGUGGAGGUGCAGGAGCAGGAAUCACGGAUCAGGAGGAGGGGCAGGAAGCGGAAUAGUGAUGUUAUGCGCGAGCCGGUCAAGGAAGAGGAGGGCGAAGAGCCGGUGCGACCGAAAUUGAAGCGGAGGAGGCAAGAUGCGCCGCUCGAUACGCCGCAGCGAUCUAUAAGGCGUAGACGAGCUGCUGCCCCGGUGACAAAUGAUACUGAAGACGAGGAUGUGGGGCUUAGCGAUAAUAUCGAGCAGGAAGAGGUGCCUAAGCCGAGUCUCCGCAGGCAGUCUACAAUGACACAGAUUGUGGAUGGGCGACCACCGCUACCAGGCUCAAUGGAACCAGAGUUUAAGCCAGUAAAACGUACUCCACGGACAAGCUGGGGCAAUGGUAGUAACAAAAAUGCGAAAAAGGAUGCGAAGCAGCGGACUCUAACACAGAUGGUUCAUAAUAUGACUCCACUAGUGUUGGGCUCUGAUGAGGACAUUGGAGCAAGUGAGACUGAUGAAGAGAUAGACGCUGCUCACCACAGCUUCAUCUUUGGGAAUGAUGAAGACACUACUCCUAUGCAACACGCGCCGGCCGAAAAUGUCGAAGAGGAGAUUCUACCAACGGCCGAGGGACCACACCAACCUGCAGUUGACAAUAACGACAGCGGUGAAGAUGAAUACCAUCCCACCCAAUUCAUCGAGUCACCUUCUAGGAGAACGAGACGCACACCACUACGAUCCUCGACUCGCCGCCGAGGAACUCCAGCUGGGAAACCUCCGACCAAGACAUCGCCUAAAACUCGAUUUGGGCUUCUAUCUACGCCUGAGAAACGCGGCGUAUUUGAAAUACCAUCCUCACAGUCACCACCUGAAACACUGCUUUCCACUCAGAUUACCCCGCAAAGAUCUGGUCGCAAACCGUUGAGGCUGCGUUCUGCGAAUGCACCCAAGACAGCGGAGACAUCUUCCAAGCAAAGAGCAGAGUCGCCUUCAAAGCGCAAGCAAGUCACUUUUCAAGUAGGCCCGCAAGAGCACAUACCACCCCCUGCACUGAAGAACUUUGCAAGCACGAUACCAGACUCGGAAGAUGAGCUUGGAGACCUUGACGAUAGUGAUGGGCAGUCUGAUGCUGAUUAUGGUGUCGGCGAAAAGACGCAAGCGCUUCUACGCAACGCUGAUGACCCCAUUAUUGGUGGAGUCAGCGUUGGAGCAGAGACACAAGCUAUACUUCUCGAAAUCGACCGAGCAUGUGCAAACGCAGAGGAAGACGCCGAGUGGACAGCUAGAGAUGGGUCUGAAGAAUUGGGGGACCCUAUAGCCCGCCACGACGCCGAGGAAUCGCAGGAACUUGGUCAGCAGUCUGAGCCUCGCACAGCAUCUAUCAGCACCGAUGAUCGAUCUUCAGAUGUCGCGGAGCUACCUCCCCUCCCUUUCUCCUCUCCGAAGCCUCGGGAUACCUUAAUCGCGAACGAUGAUACUAGUGCUGUUACCAACACCCUUACUAGGCUGCCCACUGUUCAGCAGCUUCCGUCAUCGCCACCAGUCGAGGAUUUCAGGGCACAGCCACCCACUCCAAUGUUCGCUGACGACGAGACUCCAGAAGAGGUAGAAGAACCCGCCACCACCACCACCACCACCACCACCGUCCAGCAACCUUCGACACCAACAAAGCAGCCCAGAUUAUCACUAGUCGAGGAUUUCAGAACCCAACCCACGAUCCCCCUGUUCAACGACGACGAACCAUCCGAAGACCUAGAUGUGCCAGCCGCAACUCCCAUCGCACCUUGUCAGUCCGCCAUCCAGGUCCGUCGCUCACCCCCAACCCGCCUCCACCACUCGCCCUCCCACUCCAGCCAAGCAGAACAGCAGCUCCAAUCCGAAUACCAGACCUAUUCGCAAUACCGCCGCCCCGGUCCCUUUCCCUCAAGCAUGCACGUAGCCCAUGACUCAAAUUACAGCUACCAAGCUACACCGCACGCCUUCCACUCACACCAACCUACCCAGCUGCAGCCGCAGACGCAGGCGAAUCACAUAAGCCAGGCUACGACCGUGGACCCUACGCAGAUAUCGCCAAAAGUCACGCCAAGGAAGCCAAGGGUCAAGAAAGAGCCUAUGUUCACGAGGAGUGCGAUGAAGACGCCGAAGAGUCAGAGGCGGGUUAAGAGUGCGACUGCAACACCCAAAACGCAGAGGCGGAACAGGAGUGCAACCACGACGCCAACGUCGCUAAGGCAAAUGGUGAUGAGUAGUCCGGAGGCGAGCAAGCCGCCACCUCUAUUCAUCCCGAGCAGCUUUCCGAGUCCGGCUAGGGUGACGAUGGAGGGAUGGAGUAGUCCGGUGCCUGGGAAGGACGUGGGUGAGACUCAGUGGGGGCAGGGGAGUUUGGAGGAGUUUAGUAUUCCGGCGCCGCCGCCUGGGGAGUGGGUUGAUGAUGACGACGAGGAAUUGUAG